UUCUGAAUACCAGGCGCUGCCCCUGGGCUUUCUGUUCUGUUGUAGAGCCCAGUUACCAGAAUAUUUAAAUCACGGUGGCGUUAAACACGUUUUAAUAUCUGAUAGGGCCAGUUUCUGCGCAUUGCACAUUUUUUUUUUUUCUCUUUCAGGAACGUGUUCGGGCCCGCGGCAGGGGGCGGGGUCGCGCCUCCUCCGCGGCUCUGGUUCCAGUGGAGCCUCACGGACGCGGAGAUGGAAAUCCCGAGGCUGCUCCCGGCUCGCGGGACGCGACAGGGCGGCGGCGCUGGCAGCCCCGGGGGUGGCGGCCGGAUCCACGGAGGUCCUGACCCGCGGGCCGGACAGGCCCCCGCGCGCCGCCUCCUGCUGCUCCGGGGCCCCCAAGAUGGCGGGCCCGGGCGGCGGCGUGAGGAGGCCCGCGCGGCCUCCCCCGGCCCGGGCCCGGGCCCGAGCCCGUUGGCGCCGAGGCCCGAUCACGCUGGUGGCGGCGGUGGCGGCGGUGGCGGUGGUGGCGGCAGCUGCGGCGGUGGCGGCAGCGGCAGCGAUGACUUCUUCCUGGUGCUGCUGGACCCGGUGGGUGGAGACGUAGAGACCGCGGGCGCCGGCCAGGCCGCAGGGCCCGUGUGGAGGGAGGAGGCCGGGCUGGGCCCACGGCUCCAGGGGGACGAAAGCGGCGCGAACCCCGAGGGCCGCCCUUGCCUGGGCCCCAGUAGCCUGUCCGCUAUCCCUGCCCCAGUCCCGGCGCUGGCCCCGAUCCCCGCCGCAGGCCUGGGCCCCGCUGCGGCCUUCGCGGGCACCGUCACUAUUCACAACCAAAACCUGCUGUUGCGCUUCGAGAACGGCGUCCUCACCCUGGCCACGCCCCCACCGCCAGCCUGGGCUCCUGGGGUCGCCCCUGCCCCGCAGCCCGGGGGUCUGAUCGUCCCGCCAGCGGGGAUCCCGCACGCCGCGCAGCCUGGCGACUGUCCUGAGCUGCCGCCUGACCUCCUGCUGGCGGAGCGGGCCGAACCCGCGCCCGCCCCUGCUCCCGAGGAGGAAGCAGAGGGCCCGGCUGCUGCUGCGAGCCCCCGCGGGCCCGGCGGCCCGGGCCAGGGCGUGGUGCUGUACCUGUGUCCUGAGGCGCAGUGCGGACAAACCUUCGCCAAGAAGCACCAGCUAAAGGUGCACCUGCUGACGCACAGCAGCAGCCAGGGCCAGCGGCCCUUCAAGUGCCCCCUGGGCGGCUGCGGCUGGACCUUUACCACCUCCUACAAGCUCAAAAGGCACCUGCAGUCGCACGACAAACUGAGGCCCUUCGGCUGUCCGGCAGAGGGCUGUGGCAAGAGCUUCACCACCGUGUAUAACCUCAAAGCGCACAUGAAGGGCCACGAGCAGGAGAACUCAUUCAAAUGCGAGGUCUGCGAGGAGACCUUCCCCACGCAAGCCAAGCUCAGUGCCCACCAGCGCAGCCACUUCGAGCCUGAGAGGCCCUACCAGUGCGCGUUUUCUGGCUGCAAGAAGACGUUUAUCACAGUGAGUGCCCUGUUUUCUCAUAACCGCGCCCACUUCAGGGAACAGGAACUCUUUUCCUGCUCCUUUCCUGGCUGCAGCAAACAGUACGACAAGGCUUGUCGGCUGAAAAUUCACCUUCGGAGCCACACCGGCGAGAGACCGUUCCUUUGUGACUUUGAGGGCUGUGGCUGGAACUUCACCAGCAUGUCCAAACUCCUAAGGCACAAAAGGAAGCACGACGAUGACCGGAGGUUCAUGUGCCCUGUGGAAGGCUGUGGGAAAUCUUUCACAAGGGCCGAACACCUGAAAGGCCACAGCAUAACCCACUUGGGUACAAAGCCUUUUGUGUGCCCUGUGGAAGGCUGCUGUGCCAGGUUCUCUGCUCGCAGUAGUCUCUACAUUCACUCCAAGAAACACUUGCAGGAUGUGGACACUUGGAAAAGCCGAUGCCCGGUCUCCACUUGUAAUAAACUCUUCACAUCCAAGCAUAGCAUGAAGACCCACAUGGCCAAAAGGCACAACCUCCGCCAGGAUCUCUUAGCUCAGCUAGAAGCUGCAAAUUCUCUUACGCCUAGCAGUGAACUUACCAGCCAGGGGCAGAAUGACCUCAGUGAUGCAGAGCUAGUGUCUCUCUUCUCUGAUGUGCCUGGUAAUAGUUCUGCUGCAGUGCUGGACACGGCAUUGGUGAACUCUGGAAUCCUGACUAUUGAUGUGGCUUCUGUGAACUCAACUCUGGCAGGGAACCUCCCUGCCAAUAAUAAUAAUUCCUUAGGGCAGGCUGUGGACCCUCCGGCCUUGAUGGCCACCAGCGACCUUCCUCAAAGUCUGGAUACCUCACUCUUUUUUGGAACGACAGCUGCCGGUUUUCAGCAGAGCCCCUUAGAUAUGGAUGACGUCUCAAGUCUAAGUGCGGGGUCCUUGGGAUCUCUGGGCUCUUUGGCUAUGAAAAACUCGAGUCAAGAGCCCCAAGCUUUGACCCCCAGCAGCAAGCUAACAGUAGACACAGAUGCUCUGACUCCUUCAAGCACCCUUUGUGAAAACAGUGUCUCAGAACUACUUCCGCCAACCAAAACGGAAUGGAGUGUACAUCCUGGCUCCGACUUCUUUGGACAGGAGGAAGAAACCCAGUUUGGAUUCUCCAAUCCAGCAGGAAACCAUGGGUCUCAGAAAGAAACAGACCUUAUCACAGUGACUGGCAGCUCAUUUUUGGUAUGAACUAAACUCUAUUCAUUCCUUGCCACAUGGCUUACUUUUAUUGAUGAUACUCAAUUUUAAGAAUAUUCUGGACUAAAUGUUUAAAUGCAGUUAUUUCUUACAGGUUUGAAAAAGAACAGAGCCCUGGGCUAGAAUUUUGGAGAUUUAAAUUGUGAUCUUGAGCCUGGAACUGGGACAAGUUGUGUGUACCUGAGCAAGUCACUUACGUAUCUGAGCCUUAAUUUCCUUAUUUAUAAAAUCAAGUGAUUUGAAUAGGUCGUUUCUAAGGUUAUUUCAGCUCUGUUUUCAUGAUUUUGUGCUCUUGAAUAUUUUAGGACCUUUUAUGAUGAUUAACUGUUGUAUUUGCUCCUAACGAUGGAGAGUGCAUUGAGAAUAAAUGAUCAGAGAACAUGGAACUAGUGUUUAACCUUAACAAUUUAAUGGAAAUUUUACACAAUGCUGAAAUAUUUCUAAAAUUUAAUAGUGGCACUAAGAAGAAAGCUGAACAUUUGGGUUGGUUCUUUUUACAUGUUUAUCUUUCUAGUCUCUAUUUUUGAUGAAAGGCUGUGUUGGUGAACGUGCCAGGGACUUAAUGUGACUCAGACCCAGAAAUACUGACAUUGUGGUGUUGAAUAAGUGGCCUUAAAUAAGUCAUUUCCUCUCACUAACCCUCAGUUCCCUAACUGUAAAGCUGUCAUUGUGAUGUCCACAUACCUGAUGCAUUUCAGACAUCUUUUUCUAUCUUAGAAAUUAGCUUUGGAGGGAAAAUGUUGUGUAUUUUGUUAUGUUUUAGUGAAUUUUUGUCACCUUACCUGCCCCUCUUAUUCCCUUUCUUAAAUAAAAGUUUAGUCUAAUUUAAUAUCAUACUUGUGGCAAAAAGUAGAGCUUUAAGCAGAUUGAGAAGCAGGAAAGGGAAUCUGUUUCUUCUACAGAUUAAUGAUUUUUCUCCAUGCAAUUCAUGUGACUUUGCCAACAUGUCCAUUAGACCAAGUUAUAGUAUUUUUGCUCUGCAUGCAAAACCAUCCCAUAGAAUGACUGGAGAGCUUGUGGUUCCAUGAAAAUCUGGGAAUGGACCAGAGUAAGAUUUUCUCACCUCUCUGCCCUGGAGAGCUCAUUGUUUGCCUUAUGUCAGGGUUGGAAUGAGAGUUUUUAUUUGCAUUUUGAGUAAUAUUGUCUUACAUGAGUAUAGCAUUUUACAAUUUAUGUGGCAAUUUCACAAUUGUUAUAUCUCUUCCUCACAAUUUUGUGAGAUAAUUGUGGCAAAGUUUCAAUUGUAGGUCAUAUUAAAAUUUACCUAACUCACAUUACAAAUGAAUUUUGCUUAGUAAUUAUUAAUUGUACAUGUAUAUAUGUAUAUAUAUCUGUGUAUACAUAUAUAUAUAUAUAUCUCAACUUUCAUUCUACUCUUCUGAGUUUCUUGAUCACUUUUGUUUAUAACCACUUGUUUCUCUUCCACCUUAAUUCAUGUCUGUUACCAUCUGCAAGCUCUGCUCCCUCUCCAACCUAUUCUAUAGCAUGUGCACAUCAGUCCUUGUGUUGAUCUCUUUUUUUUCAAUUAGGAAAGUAAUUUUCAUGGUCACCAUCUCUCAGCCAUUCUCCGCAUGGCUCGUUUUUCAGUCACAGUAUUUACUUCAAGUCUGAGUGUGCAUUCAGAAAUUAUUUUCUGGAUUUAGAAUUCAGUGUGUUUAUAUAUUAACCAAAUAAUAGUGGGGAUAUUUUAUGUAAGAUUUUAGUGAGACAUGUAUUUUUUCUAUUUUUCCAAAAUUUUUCACCAUGUAGUUCUAGCAAACACUAUGAGUUGCUCUGAAAUAUUCUAACUCGAUGCUGUUUGUAUGUACGUUUGUGGAUAACAAUUAUAGCACUUUGGCAGUGCACUUUAAAAUUUGCCAUUUUCAAAUGCUUCUGUACUAAUUUUUAAAUUGGUUGUACUCAUUCAUUGAAAAAGCAAAAAGUAUAUAAAAAUUUGUAAUCCAAUGAUAUGGUCAGAAUUUGAUUGUUUCUAACCAUUUAACAGUUCUCCCUCAGCACUUUGGAAAGAUUUUAAGUCCAUUUUAGAAAUGUGUUGUCAUUAGUUAAGUCCUCUUAAAUAAAUUACUCUUCUUUUCCUACAGAUAGGAAUGUAGAGUACCUGAGAUGAACAUGCAGGUCAUAGGCAUCUGUUAAUAUGUAUGACCAGAAAAAUAUUUUAAAAUCCUGUUACUUUGUUUCUCUAACCCCUCAUUAAAAACUACCACAAAAUAUACUUUUGUUACAUUCUGUGGAAUUGUCAAAGAACAGAUUUUAUUUUUGUUGAUAAAAAUCUGAAAUUGUUUAUAGGCUCACAUGGUUUCUUUCAGUCAAUUUGUUCAAAAGAUUGCUCUUUCAAUAUUGUUAUCCCAACAUGAUGGUGAAAAUGGCAUGAAAUUACAAUCAGAAGUGUCAAUACAACCAUAAUGGUUACAUUUCUGUUAGUGUUGGCAUAAAUUUGCCGUUUUAAAAAAUGAGAUAUGAUUUAAUGUUAUCUCAUUUGCUUUUUGUGCUUCUUCAGUCUUUGGUUUAUUAAAAUUUUGCCAGUUGAAAACACAAUAACAAAACGUUUUGCAGGAAGGUUCACAUCCAGGGGACUCUGUUGAACAUUUCAUCAUGAGUUAAAAUAUGUUUAUUUUGACAUUAUUACCGUGAUCUCAUUAUAGUAUUACAUAACUGAAAGCCUUAAAUAAUGGAAGUGAAACUUGAUAGAAUAUAAGGAUCAUUUUUUUCUUGAUUAAAUUCUUCAUAUUCCCAUCCAGUAAAAAUAAGAGAAGACUUUAGUGUAACAGGAUAUUUACGUCUAUUCCUUGAUUCCAGAUAAAGCACUGAUUAAUUCCCUGUUUGGGAAUAUUUGUAAUCCCUUAGUAAUUAUUAAUAUCAAACAUAUCCACUUGAUGAUUUGGUAAUAAUGAAACUGAAUUUAACCUAAUUUAGAUGCAGCUCAUAUGAAAUAUUAAUAAUAAUGAUAAGUGAAAUAUAAGGCUGACCUGAAAUUUAUGUAUAUUUUUCUUUUGAACAAAAUAUUUGCUUACCAAUUUUUUUAAAAAGCUAAAUAUGUGUUGGGAAUGUAGAAAACAGAUUAUCUAAACACUUUGUCAGAAGGCAACAAUAUAUUAAAAGCAAAUCACUCAUUACAAAUAAAUUUUUUUAUAUUUUUCAAAUCUGAAUCAAUUUGGUAACAAGUUUUAAGCUAGGGACCUCAUUGUAUAUUUCAACUUAAUUUACUGACUAUAUACAAAAUAUGUGGUAGAAGAGUACCAGGAAUAUAGAUAGGAGGAAUAAAAUGUGAACUGCAUCUUAAUUUUAGAGAGGACAUAGGAAUGCACAUGAAAUAUUUCACAACUAAACAAUACCAGCAAGCAAGUUUUCAGACACCAAAUGAAUGACUUGGAGGAAAAGGAGGGGCAGUAGCUAUGCUUUAAUGGAUGGUUACAUUCAGUUACAUAGAUAAGAGAAUAGAAGAAUUCCAACCAGGGGUGAAAAACCACAAGGAAAGAUUUUGAAAUGGAAUUGGCCACACAACACUGGGAAAGAUAACCUAGCUCAAAUGCAGGGCUCGUGUUUGGUAAGUGCUAAGUGUUAGGAUUAGACUGCUAAUGAUAGAGUCAAUAUCUGAAGAGCUAUGAAAACCGUUCGCAGUGGAUAGGACUUCAUUCUGGACAUGGUUACGAAUCAGUAAAUAUAUUUAAGAAAUCAAAUGAAGAUUAUGUAGAAAGUUUAAUAUAGUGUAUAUGUACAAUGUGGAUUUGAUGAGGGGAGAUAGGAAAAUCAUUUACGAGUCUAUUGUAAUAAUUUCAAGGUUCUGUGAUGAAAGCUUGAAUUAGAGUCAUGGCAGAAAAAGACAGAUACUGGAGUUGUUUUUAAAUUAGAGAAAUAUAAAUUGGUGACUCAUUGAAUAUAUGGGACAUCCAUCAGAAAAAGAAAGGAAGAUCAGAAAUAACUCUAAGGAUAUUUUUUGGAAACUAAAAAUUACAUUUCAUUAAUAUGGACAAAAGGUUGGGUAUUAUAACCUUUUCAGGAAUAUAUACUGAAAGAUGAUUAGUUUAGGACAUAUUUAAUUCAUUGGGAAGUGAUAAAUCAGUUAUCCUUGACUGAACUAUACACAUCGUGGAUUAUACACACCCUUAGACCAUGUGGGCCAUAUCAUCUCCCUUGAUUCCUUCAUAUAUACUCAGAUUCACAUUCAGUGUUAGUACUCUUGUUUACCUUUAAGUACUUACGGGCCUCUUCAACCUCAUACAAUACCCUCCCAGGAUACUCUGCAUUAAAAUGAGCUAUGUCACCUCAGUCUAACAAUUCUUUCUUACUACUACUCUCUUCCCUACUAUAUAUAUUCAAUGAAUAUUUUAUGUGGUACUUAGUAAUAUAAUAAAUCAUUUCUCCAGAAUUUGGGCGGUGCUGUUUAGUCUAGUCAUUAAUUUCAAUAGUUCUUCAAUAUAACCCUUGUUAGGUUGAAUUUUACCUACAUUUUUCUCAUAUUGUAAGAGAUAGGCCUAAGAUUGCCCAAAACGACUUUCCAUGUGAUCCUUGGGGCUCCUUACUUAUAAUCCCCUCUGUGAUUAACUAACAUGAUAUAUGAACUCAGUCAUAGGAAUUACAUUCUCUGUUAUCUACAUACCCUAACAUAUUUUCUCCUUUUUAUUGUUACCCUCACUACUAAUGGUGAUAACUCAAGGAAUGGAGUCCAAAGAAAAUGUGAGAUAAACAAGUAGCAUAAAUAAUUACCUAGCAAUUACAUUUUGUUUGAUAGUGAAUUUUGCUUUCCUGCAUUGUCAACAGAACACUUCACCUCAUUCUAAUUUCCUGCUGACAUUUAUGGACGUGAAAAACAGUUGGCCUACAGAAAAUAAUUCAUUAUUUUAAACAAAGCAAGACAAUGAUUCUUAAGAAGGUUAAUAAAGUGUGAAGCCCUUAGGAAUAUCUCUUAUUGUUAUCAGCUUAUUAAACAGCUGGUAAUUGUUAAGUGCCUACUCUGUGUGAGACAAUGUAAGGUUUAAAACAAAAGUAUAUUUUAUCAAUUCAUUCAAACAAACAUUUUUGAGCAUCUAUUUGACAACUCCUGUCCUUAUGCUCACACACAUUACUAUUUAGACAGAGAAACAAAAACUCAAGCAAUGAAAAAUAAUAUAUAAUGAAGUCCUAAUUGGUUACAUUUUGGAGUAAUAAAGAUUUAAAUUGAAUAGCAGCUGUCAUUUUCAAAGCAUGGACUAAAAAUUGGGAUAAGGAAAAAUUCAAUGCACAGAUUAUCAAAAGCUAUUUAAAAAAAUUCUAAGAAUCUAGAAUUUAAUCUGGGAUAUAGCAAUUAGGUUAAACUAUCCUAAAUUAAAAUUUAAAUGGAAUUUUGAGUGGUGACUUAAAUAAUUAUAGCAAAAUCCUUUGGUAAAUAAAAUUUAAAUUAUGCUUUAUUUUUAUUUAUUCUAGAUUGAAUCCUGGAUGUAAUGUUAUAUCUGAAAGUGAUCUUUUGGAAAUCAUAUAAGAUAAAUACGUUAUUUUCAAAGGGAAAACUAUAGACUAUAAAUAAAUAGUAUUAAGUUAAAUAAAAUGACCUUUCCUUAUAUUAGACACAAAAGCAAAUUUUAAUUUGCCGAAAUGGGAAAACAAGGACUUUAAUUAGGAAGUAUUUCAUAUAGGUACACUAUUUGAAAAGAAGAAUAUAUAGAUUUCAUAUGAUAUUUAGGACUGAGAACUGGAAUUUAGCAUAGAGAAUCCUGAGACUUCACCAGUUAUGUGGUGAAGGUCAGAGUAGUCAUCAAGCAAGCAUUUAAGAUUCUUAAUAAAAUAUAAGUAGCUUAAUACAUUUGGAAAGGGGAAAAAGUCCAUCAUGGCAAAAUAAAGCUCUCUUUAGUGACAAGCAGCAGUAUGUGUCCAAGAUGCAAAUGAGUUACAAAUGGUAGCAAAAACAAAGACAUUUCAACUCUCAGGCAUCCUCACUUUGGAAUAAAGCCAAGAAAUUAUCAAUCUUUAUCAGGACCUACUUCCCUUUCCUGUUUACGAUGGAGAGACAUAACUGAAGUAUGAGACUAUAUUAUGCUGGAUGUGGAAGAAGGAAGUUGGUCACAUAUCUGUUUGUGGGGAAAUUAGCCAAAACAGAGAGCUAAAGUGGAAAUUCUACCGACAGUGACUCAGUGAAUAGAGCAGCAGUUCAUUCCAGGCUAGUUCCAAUUUUAGAAUAUGUACUGCUGGACAGAUACUUUUUUUUCCUCCUGAUUCAUGUUGGCAUUAGUUAGUUAAUGCUAAACUUAACGCUUGAUGUUUCUAAGGAAAUAAAAUAUUUUUCCCCCUUAAAGUCACCUUAAUUUUCCUGUGUUUCUUAGAGCUAAUUGUUAUUAUUUUAUUUUUAAUUAGCAAUAACAUCAAUAAGAAGUGUAUCAGAUGUCAUGACAUGAUAAUAGAAAAAAGAGAUAUCAUAUAUUUAUUAUUUUUUCUCACUUUCUGAAAUGUUAAGUAAAACUUGUUUUUCUAUAUUUUUAUUUGAGGAUUAACUUUCCCAUGGGUAUGUCGUCGUUUGUGUACUUAGAAAGCAGUAGGACUUGGGAGUAUUGUUAAAAUAAGUAUUUAUAAUUAUAACUUUAGGAAUUUGACUACCUUGAAAAUGGAGAAAUCUAGGCUAGAUGUACUACUUUCCUAGAUAACAGAGAGAUAUUAUGGAAAGGAAUGAAGGACAAAUUCAUUGGGAAAAAGAGAUUCAUUUCUGUUAUUAAAUCAAACUUUGUAUUUAUCAAUCUUGCUGAUUAAUCAUAUAUAUUUUAUAGCAUAUUAUAGUCUGUUUUUAGAAGACUCUAUAUCUAGCACUGAGUGUUUCUUUAGGUGAGACCUGAAAAAAUUUGUUUGAUUUGCAUUACGUUUAAUUUUUAUUGAAUAUAAUUGACAGUAUUAUGCAAUAUUAUGUUGGUUUCAGGUGUACAACAUAGUGAUUUGAUAUUUUUAUACAUUAUGAAAUGAUCACCACAAUAAGUCUAGUAACCAUCUGUUGUUAUAAUAUUAUUGAUUAUAUUCCUUAUGCUGUACAUUACAUCCCCGUGACUUACUUACCUUAUACCUGGAAGUUUUUACCUCUUUAUACCCUUAACCCAAUUCUCCUGACCCUCCACCUCCCUCCCCUCUGGCAACCACCAAUUUGUUUUCUGUAUCUAUAGUAGGUAUUGAAUAGUCCUUUUCACUACUAAAUCCAUGUACCAAAUCUACUGAAUAUUGUAAAGAUUCAUUGUAUUGCAUCUUGUUAGCAAAGUGAUUCUGGUCGUCCUUCACCUUAAAUUCUUCUGGGGCAAAAAGUUCCUCAAAGAUAAAAUGUUACCUCAAUUUAAAAAAAGCAUUGAAAAUUCUUCCCAAAAACGAAGAUGAGAAAAAUUUAAACAAAAAAAGAGAGAAAAGGUUAAGUUUGCUCUUUAGCCCAAAUGUUUUGGCUUUUCCUAAGUGUGUUUGGCCUACAAAAUCUGUAUAAAAGUACAAUGGCAAUUUUGAAACACGCCCAGUAUUUUCCAGUUACAGUUAGCAAUGUAAAACCUUCAAAUAGAUGUUAUUGUAAUGUUGGUCACCUGUCUAUCUGAUACCAUCUGGCUUUUAGAAAUUCCAUGAAGAUAGAAAUGAAAAGUUUUCCAAAUUUAGACCUGCCUAUGAAAUGCCAAAAUGUGGUCAAAUUAGAUGCUGUGGAUUAUUUUAUAUGACAGAUAAUCUUAAGUGUUUGGUGCUUUCAACUAUUUCUACUCCAAAUAUUUUAAAAAGUAUUUUAAAAAUAAAUGUAUUUGAUUCAUUCCCUUAAAGUUGAUAAUUCAUUUUUUAUUUGAUUUUCCUUUGCAAUAUUGAUGCAUUGUUCCAUUCAAUAAACAUUCAGAUAACAACUUAUAGGUUAUCAGUUUUGAAACUGUAUUGUAUAUUUUAAUCAUUCCUUGCUUUAAUUUUUAAGCUACCAUAUAUUGAUUCAUAACCGGCUAUGGAGCAUUUUAUUUGUAAAAUGUAUUAUUUUUUAUAUUUUUAAUAGAAACAUGACAUAUAUUUACAAACAGAUCAUAAGGAUAUAUAGCUAUGUGAAUUUUCACAAAGUGAAUACAUCCCUGUAAUUACUACCCAGAUCAAGAAGUAAAGUACUACCAGGAUCUAAAAACUCCCUCAUGUCCUCUUCCAGUCUCUCUACUACCAUGAACCAAGAAAUAUUAUCUUGUCUUCUAAAACCAUAGAUUAAGGGUUUUGUUUGUUUUUCUAAAUUAUUAUUCAGAUAAAAUUCACAAUUUUAACCAUUUUUAUAAUUCAGUGUUUUUUUUAGUGCAUUCACAAUAUUGUGGAACCAUCACAAUUAUUUCCAGAAUAUUUCAUUAUCCAGAAAGAAACCCCAUACCCAUUAAGCAGCAAUCCUCCAUCCCCUAGAAAUCAUUAAUUUACUUUCUGUACCUAUGGAUUUGGCUAUUCUGCAUACUUCAUAUGAAGGGAAUUAUACAAUAUGUGACCUAUUAUGUCUGGAUUAUUUUACUUAAUAUAAUACUGUUUUCAGUGUUCAUCUCUGUUAUAGCAUGUAUCAAUACUUUAUUCUUUAUAUGGCUGAAUAAUAUUCCAUGGAAUGGGUAUACCACAUUUUGUUUAUUUACUCAUCAGUUGAUGGACAUUUGGGUUGUCUCCACUUUUGAGCUAUUACGAAUAAUGCUGCUAUGAACAUUUGUGUACAAGUUUUUGCGUGAAUAUACUAAAAGCAUAGAUUAGUUUUGCCUAUUAUUUUGCCUAUUUCUUAACUAAAAUCAGGAAUUGUUGCAUAGAUAAUUAUGAAAGAAAUCUUAAAGAGUAUUUUAAAAUUUAGAUGUAACAAUUUAUCUGAAAGCUGCUUUAUAGUGAAUUUUCUAGAAGUUUGUGUGUUUGUGGGAAAUAUAGAAUGCCAAAGAAAUGCAUAUUACUGUAUUUUUGGUAAUUAAUAAAAACAACAUUAUUAAUUGA